GAGAUCACGUGGUUUUGCCCGGGCCAAUCAAACGUGGGAAUCCAGUCUGCGCUUUCUUGCCGAGCGCGGGGAGGAUAGCACUCGUGUUACCGUCACUUUCACGUUCACCGGGAGAUUUCUACAUUUCUACAAAAAUGUCAGACGAGAAGCCAAAGGAGGGCGUGAAGACCGAAAAUGACCACAUCAACUUGAAAGUGGCGGGUCAGGACGGAUCUGUGGUCCAGUUCAAAAUUAAAAGGCACACCCCCCUCAGCAAACUGAUGAAGGCCUACUGUGAAAGACAGGGUUUAUCCAUAAGGCAAAUUAGGUUCAGGUUUGAUGGUCAGCCAAUUAAUGAGACGGACACACCUGCACAGCUGGAAAUGGAAGAUGAGGACACUAUCGACGUCUUCCAGCAGCAGACGGGAGGAACCUGCUAAAGAAAAAGCACACGUGGAUGAAGCUGGUUUAUUUGCGCUCCUCUUCACUUCCACUGCAGUUCAGGGCUGAAAUGGAAAAGGUUUUGGAAAUCAAUUGUUUAAGUUAAUAGCUGCUUUUUCUGUUGUCGUUUGUUUUCAUUUUAAUCAUCCAAAGACCUCAUUUCCGUUUUUGCAAUGAUCUCCCUGAACUAAAUUGGAAAUGACAGUUAGUAAUGUUUUUUUUUUUUUUUUUCCUCCCCACCUUUUGGAAAUUGUAUGCCUGUUGUAUACGUUUUUGUAUUAUGUACGUAUGUUUGCACCUCCCCCAUCUAUUUUUAUAUACAAGGAGGGAAGCUUUGUGAAAGAGGAUGUUUGUGACUUCUUAGUACGGUCUCGAUUUCUUUAAUUGUGGUGAACGUCUAAAUUUAAGAUGCUCUUUUUAUGAACAGUUUCGAACGGUGACAUUGCAGCAUUUGUUUAUUUCUGACACCUCAGGUUUGAUAAAGCUAGAUUGUGGAUCGUAUACCGGUAGCCAUUUUUAAUUUUAAGAACGUUGAUGCGUAUGUCUUUAAAAGUUUGCUUAAGUAUGAAUUUCAUGAUAUACAAAACUUAAGUGUUCCCCUUGAUUUUAUCGUUUCGUAGUUUGCCCUCUGCAAAUGCGUCAUAUUCUUAUAGUAACAUUGCUCUUAUUUAGCCCUUCUGGCGUAUCGAGAGUAUUAAACGCUGUCCUGGUGUAAUUGCAACUCCGCGGUGAAUUCAAGCCAAGUUAACGUGUGCGUGUUGCAUUGGCAGGGCUGUUUGGGAGAACAGAGGAUCCUAUGUUGGCCAUUUACUACUGUAUAUAAUAAAUAUAGUUUGAUACAGA